AUGGUACCAUAUUUUACAAUUAUUCCUCAAAUAAUCAUUACGAUAUUGUUAUUUGGUGAUUUAUUUACUCAAAAAAUACAAAGAUAUUAUUUUAUUAAAGCUAUUGAUAUAUUUGAGAAUAAUAUUAAUUAUAAAUAUAUAGGUGAACUAAAAGAAAAUAGAACUAAAAUUAAUUAUGAAAAUUAUAUAGAGAAUUUAAAUUUAAAAGAAAAUAUAGGAAAUAUUAGUAAUAAAAUAAGAGAUGAAAAUAUACCCAAUUUAAUCCCUGAAAUUAUAGAUCAAAUUAAUGAUAUUAAUACAAACGAAAAAAAUAUAGAUAUUUCAAAUUCUGGAAGUAUUUUAUAUAACAAAAUUAUAGGAGAUAUUCCAUCAUAUAAAAAUUUGCAAUUAUUAUCCUAUAAUAAUCCACAAGGAAGUUUAAAAGAAGAAUCCCAUGAUAAUGAAGUUACACAAAUAUCAACAAUAAAAAAACCAAUAACAACUUCUAAUAAUAUAGAAAAAAUAUUAAAUACUACUAAAGUAAUAAAUCAAACUUUAGCUAAUCCUAUAACAACUACAGCUAUAUUAUCACCUAUAGCAGCAGCUACAAUACAAACUACAACUACGACAACUACGACAACUACAACAACAAUACUAACUACAACAACUAUAACUACAAUACCAACUACAACUACAACUACAACUACAGCAACUACAACUACAACCACAACUAUAAUACCAACUACAACUACAACAACUACAAUACCAACUACAACUACAACAACUACUACAACUACAAUACCAACUACAACUACAACCACUACAACUACAAUACCAACUACAACUACAACCACUACAACUACAAUACCAACUACAACUACAACCACUACAACAACUACAACAACUACAACAACUGCAACAACUACAACAACUACAAUACCAACUACAACUACAACAACUACUACAACUACAAUACCAACUACAACUACUACAACUACUACAACUGCAAUACCAACUACAACUACAACAACUACUACAACUACAAUACCAACUACAACUACUACAACUACUACAACUGCAAUACCAACUACAACUACAACAACUACUACAACUACAAUACCAACUACAACUACAACAACUACAACAACUACAACAACUACAACAACUACAAUACCAACUACAAUACCAACUACAAUACCAACUACAACACCAACAACUACAACUAUAACUACAACUACAGAAAUACCUAAAAUUACUUUAAAUACACAAACUGUAUUUAAAACAGAUGUUUCUGAAUCAUCUGAUGUAUUAAUUAUGUCUAAAAUAACAGAUACAGAUACACUAUAUAACCCUAAAGCUGAAGAAAUUACUAUUUUUAACUCAAAUGAAACACAAAAUCUAGAUAUUAUAGAUUUACACCUAAAUAAUGAAGAGAUAGAUAUAUUAAAAACCGAUAUUUCAACUUCUUUACUAUCAUUUACAAUGGCUAUGUUAGAAGCUCCCUAUUGUAUAUUUAAAAGAGAACAUUUUAAAACCUUAAUUAUUACAAUAAGGGAAGAAUUAAGCAAAUUAUUUAAUAUAAUACCUAAAAAUAUUAUUAUAAAUAAAAUAUAUGGAGAACCAGAUUCAUUAAAUUAUGACAUUAAUAGUAUAAAUAUAGAUCAUUCAUGUAAUUUAGAAAAUGGAGAGCUAAGAGGUACAAUGAUUGAUUUUAUAAUUAUAAAAGAUCUAAAAACAAAUUAUCCAACAAUUAAAAAUCUAAAUGAUAUCUCUAAUUCACAAAUAUUAUCAAUAAAAGAUAAAUUUGGGACUUUUAUUAUAUUAUCUAAAGAUAAACAAGAUUACACUUAUAGUAGUAAUGAAAUAGUUGGAAAUGAAUCUCAAAUAAGCCAAACAUGCAAAUCUAUGCUUUUAUCAGCUCCAAAUAUUAACUAUAUAUGUAUAAAUAACCCAAUAAAUUGUAUAUUUAAUAACUAUGAAUGUUAUAAAAAUCCUUUGGGUAAUAAUUGUUUCUGUUAUAAAAAUAAUAAUGGGGAUAAUAUGAAUAAAGUAUUAACGAAUUUUAGAUAUUCUAAAGAUAUUAAUUCAAUAAAUACUAUAAAUGGAUAUACACAAAAUCAAUUAGAUAUUUCUGCAGAAUGUAAUGCAAUAGUUAGUUGUACUAAACAAAUUACUGAGCCAAUUAUUGGACGCUGUUCAUCAAGUCCAUAUAGUAUAGGUUGUCCAUGCAAUCUAAAUCCAUAUUCAAAAUUAUGUGGUUGUUAUUUAAAUCCAAAUAAUCCUGGAUGCCAUUGUUCAUAUAAUCCAAUAUCAAUAGAUUGUAAAUGUUUGAAAAAUCCAGUUACAUGUAAUGAUAUAUCUUAUAAACCUUAUAAAAAAGGUAUAAUGAAUUUUCCAUUCCGUACUAGUAAUACUAUUUCAAAUUUUAAUUUCUUAAAAAAUAUCAAGAUUCAAAUUUUAAGUAUUACUUUAAUAAUUUUAUCUAACCUUUUAUAG